GGGUGGAAGGCAGGGGGGCUGUGGAGGAACGGUGAGAUUUGAGUGGCGAGGGGAGGGGUCGAACGUAGCUUAAGGAUCGUUUUGGCUGUUGAUGCGUUUCUGGGGGAGGAGACGGAAGACGCCCAGUAGAGACAGAAGAGGGAUCUGCACUCUUUGAAAGGUCUCCGUUUCUUAUCUGAUGGGCUCUGCUAGUCUCCCGCUCUCUAGUUCCUUCUUGUGUAUUUAUAUGCCAGUCUGUUAAUAAUAUGUUAUAUAUACAGCAUGCUUAAUUUAAAUCUAACAGCAACACCAAAACGACUAAUUAAGGAGCAGCUCAUUAUCAUGGCUGAUAUUCUAAUUAGAAUAUUGGAAGCCUAGCUAGAGUCUAAUUAGAUCUUGGAAGCCUUCUCUUGGCGUCUAGCUGUAACUUGGAAAACGGUAACGAUGCAAUUGGCCUCGGUAAAGAAGACUACAAAUCCCAGAAUCCACUACGAGUGCAGCUUUAGUGCUCAUGCGUGCAGCCAGGGAGACCAGUUCAAACGACGUCUGGGGAAAUUAGGGUGGAAUACACAUACAUUUCCACGGAGAAGGAUUGACGCUUUGUUAGAAUUGGUCGGGCUCUAUUUUAACGUUUAUGGUCUCUCAUUUCGAGAUUAAAAAAAAAGGUUUUUGCUGCCAUUCUCUUUUUGGAAGAAAUGAAAGCUGCCCCCCCUCCUUUCAUGCUUGAAUUGGAUCAUCCUGGAAUGUUCCAUUAGGUUAAAUAAAGCAGGGGAUUAGCAGUAAGACCAAUAAACACGUUAAAAGUAAAAAUAAAAAACUAUUUAAAAAGUAAAAAAUACAAUCAAGAUUUAGUUCGUGUUACAAUUGAAGCGAACAGAAAAGCCCUGCUUUGGAAGCUGGAAAUGGAGAAUGCUCUCUGGCCCGCUGGAUUCGUGGCUCUGUGGCCGAGUCCACCCUCUUGCCCCGCGGAGGUGCUGUCUUCCGGGUGCGAGGCAGCGCGGAGCGCCCCUCUUUGUCCCGGCGGCCAGUCCUCCCAGUCUGAUGGAGGCCGGUGGCUCCUUUUCUUGAUGUCGAGGUAAUUCGCUCUCCGCGCACGAUCGCGACAGAAAGCGGCUGCGGUCGUCCUCGGGUGGAGGCGGUGUCGGCCGACGGAGGAGAUCAGUCGCUGCGUUUAAAUACCCCCACCCCGCUCCCCCCCUCCCCUCCACGAGUUAAUUGAGUUUGUCGUGCUGGAUUGGAAAACGUCCCUCUUUUUUUUACCAUGAAUUUUUAAUUUUUACUCCAGCGUGCGGUGUUUUGUGUUUUUUUUUUAACCUACCCGUGGGCGAAUUAAAAGCAGACCGCGGAACUGCCCUCUGGCUCGUUUUUUUUGCUCAUAAACAAAAGAUAUGCACCCGGACCGCGGGGACAGCUUUAACCCCUAAAACAUUUAAUUUCCCUGGACGCGGGUCCGCUCAGGAGCCCUGCCUGGGCUCUUCGGGAAAUCGCACCCAGACUGGAAGAGCUGUACCUGGGCAGGGGCUGGCAACUGCAGUCCCAUUCAGUAGCGGGGAGAUCGGCGGGUCUCCGGGCGGAGAGAAGCCUCGUUUAGCCCGACCGGCCACCCCGCCUGUGUCCGCACCCGGAGGGACGAGAGGGACUGUAUCUUCUGUGGAGUCGGGGACAUGCCGGCUCGCCGCAGGUGCUAUUAAUGGCGGCCGACCCGGGGAAGCUGCAGGCACAGAGUCACAGCAAGAGAAGCAAAGGUCUACAGAUGAAGAGCCCAGAGAAGAAGAAGAGGAAAUCCAGUGCUCAGGGAGCUGCGUUCUCCCACCUCUCAGAAUUCGCCCCCCCUCCGACCCCCAUGGUCGAUCACCUGGUGGCCUCCAACCCCUUCGACGAUGACUUUGGGCCCCCGGCUCGUGCUGGGGGACCCCCUGGGGGCCCCGGCUCGGCUGGCGGGCCCUUCCUUCCCAGCCCUGGCGGGGGGUACGGGGGCCCGGGGGGGCCCAUGAGAAUGGGGGGGAUGCCGUUCCUCGGAGGGGGGGCGGCAGGAGCGGGGGGAAGCGGCCAGCCCACGCGCAGGCCCCCCUUCGGCCCCCCAGGAGCGGGGGGCGCUGGGGGGGGGCACCACCAGAUGGGGUUUGGGGGUCUCCCCGGGUUCGGGGGUCCAGGCCCGGGAGGAGGGGCAGGGGGGGGCGGAGGCGGGGGGUUCCCGCCGGGGGGGCCGCAGUUUAACAUCCCCCCCAGUUUCAGCCCCCCGGGGCCCAUGCACCACGGCCCCGGCUUCAACCCCAUGCUGUCUCCGGGGGCGCUCGGGGGAGCAGGGGGAGCACCCCACCCCAGAUUUGGGGUGCCUCCCCAGCAGCCCCCAGGACAAGGAGGUCACCAUUUUAACAGCCCCCCCCUGCCCAGCGGCGGGGGCCCCCGGCCGCCCCACGGCCCGCUGGGACCCAUGGGGGGUCUGCCCAGCGGCAUGAACAGCAUUCCCAGCAUGCCCGGCAUGUCCAGUAUGGGGGGGGGCGUUGGCGGGGCUGGGAUGGGGGGUCUCCCUGGGAUGCCUCCAGGGCAGUUCCCCCCCCAUGACGGCCCCACCGCGCAGAAGGGCGCGGGCGGCCUCGUGUUCCCCUGCGGGUUCUGCCUGUCGGAGGUCAACGACGACCAGGACGCCAUCCUGUGCGAGGCCUCGUGCCAGAAGUGGUUCCACCGCGACUGCACGGGCAUGACGGAGACCGCCUACGGGCUGCUGACCCGCGAGAGCGCCGCCGUCUGGGCCUGCGACUUCUGCCUCAAGACCAAGGAGAUCCAGUCCGUCUACAUCCGCGAGGGCCUGGGCCAGCUGGUGGCCGCCAACGACGGCUAGAGGGCACGCUGACCCGCCGGCUGGCCGGCUGAGGGACGGGCACACUGACCCUCUGGCUGACCGCCUGAGGGACGGGCACGCUGACCGCCUGAGGGAUGGACACACUGACCCUCUGAAUGACCAGCUGAGGGACGGGCACGCUGACCCUCUGGCUGACCGGCUGAGGAAUGGACACACUGACCCUCUGGCUGAGCGGCUGUGGAAUGGACACACUGACCGCCUGAGGAAUGGACACACUGACCCUCUGACCAACUGCCUGAGGGACGGGCACGUUGACCCUCUGGCUGACCGGCUGAGGAAUGGACACACUGACCCUCUGACUGAGUGGCUGAGAAAUGGACACACUGACCGCCUGAGGAAUGGAAACACUGACCCUCUGGCUGACCAGCUGAGGGACGGGCACACUGACCCUCUGGCUGACCGGCUGAGGGACGGGCACGCUGACCCUCUGGCUGACCGCCUGAGGAAUGGACACACUGACCCUCUGACUGACCGGCUGACAGACAGGCACGCUGACCCUCUGACCAGCUGAGGAAUGGACACUGACCCCCUGACCUGCAGAGGGACACACACGCUGACCCUUUGACUGAUCCACUGAGGGACAGACGCGCUCACUGAGUGACCGGCAUGCAGAGAGAUCAGGCAGGACUUGGAAGUGAAGCACAGCUGCACCAGAGCCAGACUCCGCCAAGCCCUGAACCCCAGAGCAUCCACCCAACUCCACCCACUAUCCCAGCACUACAGACCUCAUCUACUGUCCACUCAGGGGACUGUGAGAGGAGAGGGACAGCAGUGCCUCUAGCAGUAUCUACAUUCAAUUAGAUGGGAUCAAAUAAGAUACAUGGCUCUCCAUCUGGGCCGGGUCACACUGUAACCCUACAGUCCAGAGAUCACUGGUCCAGUCUGGGCCGGGUCACACUGUAACCCUACAGUCCAG